AUGCGGAAGGAAGGCCGCGGAGAAGGCGCUGACGAGGGCAGCGAGAAUCAGCAGCGCCAAGAGGAGGACGCCAGCGGGAAUCACGGCUCUACUGCUGGAGCCGACGAGGCUGACUCCCCGCUGGCGGACAGCACGGCGGACCAGAGCGAGGCGAAGGCCAACGGGCCAGAGGGCGUACGAAAGGAGCAGCGAGAGCAAGGCGAGGCGAGGGAUUGCGCUCGCCCGAUCCGCAGCAGCGACGCGAAGGGUGGUGCGGCGGCGGGGAGCGCUCGCCAGAUCCGCAUCCGCGACGCGAAGGGUGGCGCGGCGGCGGGGAGUGCUCGCCAGAUCCGCAUCCGCGACGCGAAGGGUGGCGCGGCGGCGGGGAGCGCUCGCCAGAUCCGCAUCCGCGGUGCGAAGGGUGGCGCGGCGGCGGGGAGCGCUCGCCAGAUCCGCAUCCGCGACGCGAAGGGUGGCGCGGCGGCGGGGAGCGCUCGCCAGAUCCGCAUCCGCGACGCGAAGGGUGGCGCGGCGGCAAGGAGCGCUCGCCAGAUCCGCAUCCGCGACGCGAAGGGUGGCGCGGCGGCGGGGAGCGCUCGCCAAAUCCGCAUCCGCGAUGCGAAGGGUGGCGCGGCGGGGAGCGCUCGCCAGGUCCGCAUCCGCGCCGCGAAGGGUGGCGCGGCGGCGAGGAGCGCUCGCCCGAACUGCAGCAGAGACGUGAAGGAUGGCGUGAUGGCAGGUCCCCCUCGCCAGAUCUGCGCAGGCAGCGGGAAGGAGCACGUGAUGAGGAAUGGCAGUCGCCAUACGCCCGUCGGCAGCGUGGAGGAAGGAGAGACGAGCGGUCACCGUCGCCAGGGAAGCAUCGGCGCGAGACGCGGCGGGAAGAACGGGCGAGGGAAGACCACUCGCCGGAUAGGCAAGGUCAACGCACAGAAGGGCGCACGAGCUCGAGGGACCUGCAGAAGGAGGCGGGAUGGGACCAGCGGGGAAGCAAGGUCGGGGGCGGGAGUUUGGCAUACAGUGCGGAACGAGCCAGAGAGGCGAGGGAAGGAGUGGAGAGAGCAAGGAAAAGGGGGACACACGGAAGGCAGGCCAGAGCAACAAGCGAGUCCUGGGGAGAAGGUCGAGGGAAUGCGAGCCUAG